AUGGCGUCUAGAUUUUUCGCGGUCCUUGGAUUGGUGCUCCUGCUGGGGUCAUCUGUCAACGCGGCGUCUCAGGCGUACAGGAGAUGCCCGGAGCGUCAAGGCCCGUGUCUCGCCUGCCCGACCACCGAGUCCCUCCCUUCCAUCGCCACGUACAACGGCGUGCAACUCGGCGGCUAUCUCGCGCACCCCUCCGCCGCCGACAGCCGGCCGCAAGGCACGCUGCUGAAUCCCGAGGAUACGAACACGGCGCUCGUGCCGAUCGGGGGUUGUUGCGCCAAGUGCCUUGCGAACGAUAGGUGUGCCUACUGGCACUGGUACCAGAAGCAGGACACCACGGACGGUCGCUGCGCGCUGUUCGACGACUCGCAGUGCAGCUUCGGCAACUAUGGCAAGUUCCGCGUGUACUCGUCGAUCAACAUCUACGCCUUCAAGCGCUGCGGCGCCCCCGUCACCCCGCCACCCGCCGCCAAUACAUCCUGCCCCACCUUCUCCUGCGCCGGCUCCGCGCCGUCCGCCACCGACAAUCUCAGCACCUUCCCCGGCGCGCAGGCGGGCCGGAUCUACGAGAGCUACUCGCCGGCGACGGGGCCGACGCUGGUGGAGGAUAAGGGCUUGCAGACGGUGACGGACUGCUACAGCGCGGCGAGCGACAUGUGGCAACAAGAUGUGAAGUACUUCACGUGGGAGCGCAGCUCCAACGGCCUCGGUCGCUGCCGUUUGCUGUCAUCGCAGGCUUGCAACUACCAAUCACCCGAUGGGAAUGCCGGCACUCUAGUGUUUAGUCCGUCCGCGCCUAGCACCUCCUCGUUUCUCCGCACUGGCUGUUUGCGCGCUGGCGCCUUACGCGCUGGCGCCUAUGCGCGCCGGCGCCUAUGCGCGCUGGCGCCGGUCGCGCUGGCGCCGUGCGCGCUGGCGCCGUGCACGCUGGUGCCUUGCGCGCUGGCGCCAUGCGCGAUGGCGCCGUGCGCGCUGGCGCCGUGCGCGCUGGCGCCUUGCGCGCUGGCGCCGUGCGCGCUGGCGCCGUGCGCGCUGGCGCCUUGCGCGCUGGCGCGUAACGCGCUGGCGCCUAAUGCGCUGGCGCCUUGCGCGCUGGCGCCUAUGCGCGCUGGCUCCGUGCGCGCUGGUGCCGUGCGCGCUGGCGCCGUGUGCGCUGGCGCCGUGCGCGCUGACGCCUUGCGCGCUGGCGCCUAA